GAACCUCCGCAAAACGCUGCAUUAUAGCGAGCGCUCCAGCACUCCCUGGAUACUCUGCUCUCUCAUCUCUCUCCCACAUUCUGACACUGCGAACUCGCUGCAGAUUUUCUGCGUAAUAGGAGAGUCCAACAGAACGGAAGAGAGUUUUUCCUCUCCAAGCCCAUUUUGUUGAAUUCCGAAGACCAACGGCGUAUGUGAUUUGUAGAGGACUUUGAGUAGAAGUGUCAUUACUUGCUAUCACCUUCUUUGAAUCAUAUACGUCCCUUUUUCUUCUCUAGAUCUCUUGCUCAAUCUCGCUCUCCUCUUUCCCCCAUCUCUCUUUCUCAUCUUUCCCCCAUCUCUCUUUCUCUCCUCGCGUCACUGCUCAGCUACGCAGUGCGUCAGCGGAGCAGAGAUGACGACCGAGACCUCUCAGCAGCAGCUGGACCCACCGCCUCCCCUGAGGUCCAGCCCGGCCUCCGGUGUCCUGCACCCCGCCAUGAUGAGCCCACAGGCCGCUAUGGACAGUUCCUCGACCGGGGCCAAAGGCAAGAAGGCGAGCUCAGGACUGAGGCGACCAGAGAAGCCUCCCUACUCCUACAUUGCGCUCAUCGUCAUGGCGAUACAGAGCUCACCCACCAAGAGGCUGACUCUAAGUGAGAUCUAUCAGUUUCUCCAGGCCCGGUUCCCCUUCUUCAGAGGAUCCUACCAGGGCUGGAAGAACUCCGUCCGGCACAACCUUUCCCUAAACGAGUGCUUUAUCAAGCUGCCAAAAGGGCUGGGCAGACCGGGCAAAGGCCACUACUGGACCAUCGACCCAGCCAGCGAGUUCAUGUUCGAAGAGGGCUCGUUCCGCCGCAGACCCAGGGGCUUCCGGAGAAAAUGCCAAGCCCUAAAGCCCAUGUACCGGAUGAUGAACGGGAUAGGCUUCGGUACUUCCAUUUUGCCGCAGAGCUUUGAAUUUCAGGCGCCCGGGUCUCUGGCGUGUCAUAGCAACAGUUACAACUUGGACAUGAUGACCAACUCCAUGGCAGGUGGCUACGACGGGCUUAGCGGCCACCACGUACCUCACUUGUCCCCGAGCCCCGGGUCCACGUACAUGGCCAGCUGUCCGGUAACGUCCAACGGGGAAUACGGUGGACCGGACAGUAGCAGCAGCCCUGUGCCCUCGUCCCCGGCUAUGGCCAGUGCGUUGGACGGUCACGGUCAUUCUCCAUAUGCCAGUACCUCCGGACACUGGGCGUCUCCCGGCGGCUCCCCGUACAUCAAGCAGCAGCCUCUGGCCUCCAGCAGCCCGGCGUCCUCUGGGCUACACUCUGGCAUGUCCCCCUACUCCCUGGAGCAGAGCUACCUCCACCAGAACGCCAGGGACACCGCCGAAAUCUCAGUGGGGAUCCCUCGCUACCAAAGCCACUCCUCACCCGUGGUCGACAGGAAGGAUUUUGUCCUGAAUUUUAACGGCAUCUCCUCGUUCCAUCCCUCAGCCAGUGGAUCGUACUAUCAUCAUCAUCACCAUCACCACCAUCACCAAAGCCUUUGUCAAGACGUCAAACCGUGCGUGAUGUGAGCAGGAAAUGUAGUGCGAGUAAAGGCCCAAACUGUGCUCUGGAGAUGAGAAUGAACACAGAAUCGAGCAAUUUAAACUGAUUCUAUACAUGUCUGGCGACAGUUAAAACCCAAAUAAAUGGCCUGUCAUCUUACUGAUGAGAACGAACAAUGGGAACAGUAGCCUAUUUUUGAGAGUCUUGAAAAACUUCUCAAGUCAGGAUAUAUUUUCAGUGGCCUUCGUCGUCUUGAUUGGUCUAAAUGAAGGACAGUAUAUUAUGCACUAACUGUUUCUGAAGUGAAGGACCCACUGGGCACAGAUGUCACUUCAACCUCAAAUUUUUAUUUACAUUGAUUGAGUUGUCAACUAUUGUGAACUCAACGAGAAAUCCCCCCGAAAAUCACCAUGUCAUUGGAUUUAGGUUAAAAGUUAGGGGGGGAAAAGACGAAACCCACUG